AUGAGCUGCAUUCACGGCUACUUCGAACUUACUAGGCUGCACAAACCUUUCUUGGGUAACACACUCUUGUUCUGGCCUUGUGCCUGGGGAUUGACGAUUGCAGCCCGUGUAGUGGCAUUGCCGCUAGCGUGUUUUACUACUACCCUUCUUCUAUUUGGCCUAGGGUCUAUGCUACUGCAUAGUGCCGCAUGUGUUCUCAAUGAUAUUUGUGAUGUCAAAUUUGAUCGUCAGAUUGCUAGGACGAAGGACAGGUCUCUACCUGCUGGAAAAGUCUCGUUAUCUGGGGCUUGGACACUUUGUUGUGCACUUCUGCUAUCUCUGUUCUUCUCGCUGGGCGCAUUGGGCAUCUUUCCGCUCUCCGCCCUGUAUCCCUUGAUGAAACGAUGGACAUGGUGGCCUCAAGCUUGGCUCGGUCUUACAUUUGGUUGGGGUAUACCUGUGGCAUGGACAACAAUUACUGGGAUGUUCCCUCCUAUCCCGGUCUGGGUGCUUUAUGCCGGCGGUGUCUGCUGGACCAUAAUCUUUGACACCAUCUACGCAUGCCAGGAUUGGGCAGACAAUAGUCGUGUCGGUGUCAGGUCAACCGCCUUGCUAUUUGGGAAACACACGCGCCCAGCAUUGGUGUCAAUAGCGACAAUCAUGUUGCUAUGCCUUGUCUGUGCCGGAUAUCAGCUUCGUUUGGGUGUAGGCUUCUCAAUCCUCUUGUGUGGAGGUACACUGGUCCAUAUGAUGUGGCAAGUUACAACGUGGGAUGAGGCGGACCCUAAAGAUCACCACGCAAAAUUUAAAGUGAGUUCUUGA